AUGGACCAACUCGAGCACAUAUCUUUAGUAUCAAAGAUAUGUGUCGAGAUUGAAAAUCACUUUGGGAUUGCGAACAAAGAUGCGGCCGAGAUGCUGAUCGACCUGGCGAAAGCCAACAAAACCUUUGACAAGUUCAAGAAAGCCUUGGACGAGCAAGGGCUCGGCGACCAGGUUUUGAAGAAUUAUUCUAGAAAUAUUAUUUGAAAAAUUGUUUUUUAGUUCGACGAUUCUUUGACGGCCACAAUCUUGCGUAUCGUCCAACACAUGAUUCCGAAACCGUUGGGAAAAAAGAAGGCCAAGCAAAGUGAUUCUCAUAAAAUCACGUUGAUUUCCGAUGCCAAGGAGGAGAUCAAGGUAACUCGGGAUUCCGGCUUUUAUUUUUGCCUUUUGUGUGUUCUUUUCAGCAUUUCUAACACAUUGGUUUUGUAAUUUUCAAAGUUUUUUGGUUUUUGUUCAAAUUCCACCCAGAAGGGUAAUCCAUCAUCAGAAAUGCGGUCGCAAAUUUUUGAACCAUUCCCUCUUACUGUAGCCAGGUUACGGUAGGUAUCUGCGUAUCUAAGUAUUGAGGGCUUUUUCCCAAGCAAGUUAUAUAUAACUCGAUAAGUAAAGGGAUUUUAGGAGUUUUUGAAGUACAUACUAUCUUGGGUUACUGUAGAAAAUUUGGAGAUACGGUACUUUUUGUGUGGGGCCGAUUUAAAAAUUGAGAAGUUUUUUCUGGGCAGGACCUGUUCCAAGCAAUUUCUUGCAAAUUUUUGAAGGGAUAUUUAUAAAAAAUUGAUUAAAUUUUCCAAAAUCUAAGCAUCCUGUUGAGAAAGAUGCACAAAAAGCGGAAUUUAUUAACUUAAUGUAAAAAAUGACAAAAAGAAAAAUUAAAAACAAUGAAAAUUAUGAAACGCUGGGGAAAGUCCUAGUGUCCACUUUAGGGUUUUGACGUUUCAGUGGCCACUUAAGAGGCUGAAAGGUAGUGACAUCUUUAAGUGGUACUUUCAGAACAAUAAAAACUACUAAAGUGGCUACUGGGACGCAAAGUACAGGGUGACAAAUAAAUAUUGAAACGCGUUUGAAACGUUAUAACUUUCUCAAAAGUCAACCAAACAUCACCAAACUUGGAACAAAUUUUAUUCAUACAACAUAGAAACAAAAUUCAAGAAUAGUUUUCAAAACGUCCUCCUUUAGCUUUGAUAACGGCCUUCAGUCUCUUCGGAUACGCAUCGAUCACGGCACGAGGGUAGUCGUCGUAGAUUUCGUCCCAUUUCUUGAUGAGCACGGUCUUCAGAGCUUUGAUACUUGGGUAGUUCUUACACGGGAAGUGCGAAAGGUCGAGGUAUUGGAAUUUAAUGAAACGUGGUGUAUAGGUACUUCCGAACACCCUGAAUCCAAUAAAAUUGAAAAAAAGUGCGCCUUUUUGGUUUUAGUCGAGUUAGGGCGCCUCAAAGUUUGCACGCAAAAAAUGCAUUGGAAGGGAGGAGGGGAUGUGUUGCGGCGGCUAACUCUAGCUGCCAGCAGGUGGCGUGGUGUAGUGGCUAGCGGCCUUCCGCUUUGGAACCUGUGAUGCAGGUUCGAAUCCUUUUUGGUGCAAUUUAUUUUUGCCAAUUUUUUUAUUUGAAAAAUGAGGAAGUUUUCAUUUCAAGAGAACAGCUCAAAAUUUUGAAAUUCACCAUUUUGUGCCCAUCUGAGAAAUAAUUUCGACAAAAACUUUUUUUGCUCCAUUUUUCCUUGCCUAACCAUACGGCUUAUGGUCGACCCCUUUCUUUAAAAAAUUUUCUGAUGAACUAACAAAAUCAAAGUUUUAGGAGAUUUAUUCUUUUUUCCUUCCUUAAUGACGUUAUGUGUGUAAAAAAUGUGUAUCAAAGUCCAGCUUCACUUUAUAUUCACAAUCGAGAUGAUAUGGCGAUGCUGCAGGGAAGGAAAAAAAAAAAACAAGGAAGUGGGUUAACUAACCGCCAUCUUUGAAGAAAAAAAAUUGUUUGAUGAACAAGAAUAGAAGCAUAGAACUACAAUAAGUUGUUAUUUAUAUCAAAAACCUGUGAACUCUCGCAAGAAUAAUCCCGACGCCCAAAUUUCCUGCACAGAGCAUGACAAAAAAAGACUAAAAAAAAUUUUUUUGAAAGUCUUCCUCAAAACGACAUAAAGUAGUGAAUUUUACCUUUUUGAACGGUAUUUUUCGUUCCAUCUUCAAAAAUUCAUCAAUUUUUUCGAAAAACUUAAUGGCAAAAAUAAAUUGCACCAAAAAGGAUUCGAACCUGCAUCACAGGUUCCAAAGCGGAAGGCCGCUAGCCACUACACCACGCCACCUGCUGGCAGCUAGAGUUAGCCGCCGCAACACAUCCCCUCCUCCCUUCCAAUGCAUUUUUUGCGUGCAAACUUUGAGGCGCCCUAACUCGACUAAAACCAAAAAGGCGCACUUUUUUUCAACUUUAUUGGAAUCAGGGUGUUCGGAAGUACCUAUACACCACGUUUCAUUAAAUUCCAAUACCUCGACCUUUCGCACUUCCCGUGUUAGAAGAGACCUUCUCGGUCAGAUAUAUCCACACGGCAUAGUCCAUCGGGUUGAGGUCGGGCGAGGAAGCAGGCCAAUCAGCAGCCGAGAUGAACUCGGAAAAUUGGCGCGACACCACUCUUGAGUCCCUUUGGCACGAUGAGCGGGGGCGCCGUCUUGCUGGAAGGUCCAUGGUCGGUUUCCGUAGUGAGAAUAGGCGCAGGGCAACACCCUCAACUUUAAAAUCUACUCCCUGUAGUAUACUUGGUUCACUUUGACUUCAGGAUCCACAAAAAUCAGCGGAGUUUUGUCGUCAGCGGUAAUUCCGGCAAAAACCAUCACGGAAGCCGGAUGCGAAGUUUUAUUCAGAAUUUUUUCUUUUUCACAGGCACUCUGAUAGUCAGUAGCGAUGAUCGGAUGGUUUUGGCCGUUUUUGUUCGGCUCCACAGUGGAGAUUUUCUCGUCGGUAGAUAGCGUCGUCAGAUGCGAGCCAUCUUUCGUGCCAGCGAGCAGCUUUCGAGCCUUUUUAAUCCGCAAUGUCUUGUUUUUUUGAUUGAGGAAGGCUCCUUUCUGCAUACGGUAGGAUCAUCUUCAGCUUGUCCUUGACAAUAGUUUUCAUCGAUUCUCGACUCAUUUUGUAUUCUUUUGCCAUCUUUCUCACGCUUCUUGCCGGAUUGCGUCUGAUUUUCUCUCGAACGGCUUUGACUGCUUCUGGAGUCGUGACGGUGACUGGACGUCCCAUUCUUUGCAUGUCAUCUGAAGUACCGAGACGCCGAUAGCGUUGUGCAGUUCGAAAAACGAGAACACGAGACACUUUCAGCUUUUUAACGAUCUCUGAAUUCGUCAUUCCGUUUUUGACACAAUCAAUGAUUGCGGUACGGUACGGAGAUGGGGCCACCAUUACCUGAAAACUGAAAAGUAUGAGCUGUAACUUCAAACACAUGAUAAGUGAGCAUGAAUGAACGAAGUAAACAGAAAAAUUCAAAGGCCAGUCCGUUGUGCAAAAAGCAGCGAUCAAACAAAAAACGGUUUCAAUAUUUAUUUGUCACCCUGUAGUUUCCUCUACAGAGGUGGUUUUAGUGGCCACUUUAGUGUCCUCUCCAAGUCCUUGAGGAUCCACUUAAGUGACCACUAGAGACCUUUUUUCAUAGCCUCGGAGGAUUUUUUUGAAUUUUUCAAAAUCGUUUUUGGAGGCUUUCCAGUUUCUUCUCAUCGAAGGAAGUGGAAAGGAUGGAAAAAAAUAUUUUUUUCCGUUCUGAGGAGCUUUUCCGUUGAACCCAGGUAUAUGAAACUGUGAAUUCUACGAAUUCAGAGCCGUCUGCCCGCCUUGGCGAUGGCAAACGACGAAAAGCCGACGAGCAGCGGGACCGAUUUGAUGGGCCAAUUGGAGAAUUUGAUGCCCAAAUGGGAGGAGGAAGUCGAGGCCAAAGCGGUCAGUUUUUCUUUUUUAUAUAGUUUGAGGCAGGGUUUUCGUUGUGAUUUGUCGAUUUUUUGUUCAAAAUUGAGAUUUUCCUUUUUUUUUUCUCGAAAAGUGUUCAAAUUAGCCUAAUUUUUAGUGGAUUUUACAAAUUAGAAGUCAUAUUCUUUUUUUAUUUUUCAAUAGAAUUUCCUUGAUUAAAAACCAUAUUUUUCGGGUCGUCAACCUAAUUUUUUUGAUUCUAUGGUAUUUUUUUAGUUGGAAAAAAAUUGAAUCGUUUUUUUCAUGAAAAAGUAACUUUUUCAGCGAUGAUUUCCUAUGUAAAAAUAUCAUUUUUUUGUUCAAAGUUGAGAUUUUUUUCUGUUUUUUUCUCCGAAAAGUGUUGAAAAAAAGAAUAUUUUUUUAAUGGAUUUUUAUAAAUUGAAUGUCUCAUUUUUUUAGUUUUUAUAGGAGUUGCCUCAAUUAAAAAAACCAUAUUUUUCGGGUUUUUCAACCUCAUUUCUUGACUAUAUGAUGAUUUUCCGUUGAUAAAAAUUGAAUUAAGUUUUCAAAAAAGCAAUUAUUUGACUUUUUCAGCUACGAUUCCCAUUAAAAAAAUAGUUGAUUUUUAUUUUUCAAAAAAAUGAUUUUUUUCCAGUUUUUUUAUUCUUAAAAAGGUUCAAAUCCGCCUUUUUUUCAUGGAGUUUCCUUUGAGAGAAAUUUUUUUGGUUUUUUUAGGUUUAAUUUUUGCGAUCAAAUGAUGAUUUGUAGUUGGAAAAGUUGAAUUUUUCUUCCUUAAAAAGAUUUUUUGACUUUUUAGGCAAGAUUUUUCAUUUAAAAUUGUCAAUUUUUUUGUAUAAAAUAGGAUUUUUUUGGUAGUAAAUGGCCAGUUUUUUUGAAGUUUUUUUGCAUUUUUUUACAAGUGUUACUUGAUCCAAAAUAAAUUUCUGCCGUUAUUUUGAGGGACCAAUGGACGGAAAAAAAAAGGAAAAUUGAAGUUUUACUUGUAGAAAUCCAGUGAAAAGCGUCGUCGAAGCAGUCGGAGUCGCUCCCGGGACAGGGAUCGCGAUCGUGAUAGGAAGAAGCGAAGGAGUCGCAGUCGCGAUAGAAGUCGCGACCGCGACCGAAGAGAUCGCGACAGGGAUCGAGACAGAGACAGAGACCGCGAUCGCAGAAGGUCCAGGUAGAGAUUGGAAUCGAUUUUUUUCUGAUAUAAUAAAAAAAAUCCCUCCAUUUUACCAUUUUUUUAUUUUUCUUAUGUUUUUUUCGAGUGUUUCCUCGGAAAUUUUUCGGAUUUUGCAAAAAAAUCUAGGAUCCAAAAAAAUUUUUUUCAAAAAUCGUUUUGAAACUAAUCAAUUUUUCGAAAGGACCAGGAAACUUUCGUUUUUUUCAAAUAAAUCAGUUCCGCUUUUUGAUAAUUUUUCAACAGGAUUUUUUUCCUAAAAAAAAUAAUUUCGGAGGAAAUUAGCCUUGAAAAUGAGCAUAUUCGAGCUGUAUAUUUUUAAAACAAGUUGUUUCGGACUUUUUUCAGUUUUAGGGAGGUUUUCCGGAAUAUGUUUUAGAUUUUCUAUGAUUUGAAGAUCAUUGUUCACCCGAAAAAUUUCAAUUUUUCUUUUUUAUAGAUCCAGAGACCGUGAUAAUCGAGAUCGAGGCCGCGAAAAACGCAAUAAUAAUGGAUAUGACCGUUCCCGGAGCAAUAAUGGGUAUUUUUUUCGAGAUUUUUUUAUUCAUGUAAUAAUGAUUUUUCAGCAAAAAAAUUUGAUUGAAAAAUGCGGAAAUUGGGAAGAUUUACGACGCCCGGGUCAACAGUAUUCAGUCGUUUGGAGCGUUUAUCCAGGUAAAUAAUUGUAGGAAAAAUUUCAUGUUUAAUCCAGGUAAAGUCUAAGUUUGUCUAGGUGAAAAUUCAGGUAUAAUCCCCCGCCCCCGAAAAAACUUUAUUUCGUGAUUUAUAUGAAAUCCCCGUUUCUGGUAUACAAUUUAGGCCUUCAGUUUUUAUUUUCAUGUUCGCAAUGCGAUUUCCACAACAUUUUUGGGUUAAUUUUGAUCAACAUCAAAAUAUCAAGAAUGUGAUUCAGCUUCAUUUGUUCAGUAUUUUCAGUCCCGUUUAAAAGGUUUUAUUAAAGCUCGCAGAAAAAAAAAAUUUUAAUUUUUUUCAACCCCUCAAAAUCAAAUUUUUAAAAAAAUCAAGAAAAAGUCUGAAUUUAACUUGAAAAGUUUUUAUUUCGGACAGAUUUUUAUUAAAAUUCCCAGAAAAAAAUUACCUUUUUGUCCAGGUAAAUAUGACUUUUUUUCGAUGAUUAAGAUGAAAUCCCCGUUUCUGACAUAGAAUUUAGAUGAAUUUUUGGAACGUUAUUUUUCUUCUUAAGCUUAUCCUAAUCAUAUCAAGGUUUAUCGUGAUGAAAAAAAUUAAAGAAAUUUUUGUAUAAAAAGUUCAUUUUUUUACAGGGAACGUUCCUUUUUGUGAAUUUUUGAGAGGUUUCAUGGGAAUUCCCAGAGAAAAAAAUAUCGGGAAGAAAAAAAGUGGUCUGUUUUUAAGCCGCUUUAGUGGCCACUCAAACAUCAAAACCCUAAAGUGGCCACUAAGAUUUUUCCCAGUUCAAAUUAUGAUAAUUUCAGUACGAUUUUGAGCAUGAAAAAUACUGAAGAAUGGAUAUUUUUCUAUAAAACUUGAGAACUUGAGAAAAAUAAUCAAUUUUCAGUUGGAAGGAAUGAAGAACAAAACGGAAGGCCUCUGUCACAUUUCGCAAAUCAAAAGCGAACGAGUUCAAGCCGUCGCUGACGUCCUGACUCGUGGACAAAAGUGCAAAGUCAAGGUAAAAAUGGCCUUUUUUUAAAGAUUCAGGUGAAAAAAGCAUUGGAAAAAAUGAUUUUUUGUUAAAAAUGAAGGUUUUUCAGAUGAAAGAAAGGUAUGGAAAUUGAAACAAAAGCUAUUUUCUCAUAAUUUACCAGGAAUUUUCUGAGAAUUCAUUUGAAAAUAUGGAAAAAUUGAGAACUUGCAUAUAAUCAUUAAUCAAAUGCAUGUGAAACUUUAGUACGCUCUAGCAAUUUUACGAAAAAAUCCCGUUAAAAGACCCCUAUAGGAGCUAUUUUCCGUACCAAUCCCUAUAGGGACCACUAGGAAUUCAAUUAUUCACAAAUGGAUAUGGAACUUCAGUUCGCUUUAGAAAUUCUCGAAAAAAUCCCAUUAAAAGACCCCUAUACGGGCUGUUUUCCGUAUAAAUCCCUUUAGGGACCACUAGGAAAUUCCUAAAUCAGAAAUAAUUGCGAAAUUGCAUAAUCCCUUUGAACCCGGCGUUUUAUCCAUUGCUCAAACAUUUUUAAGCGGUCAAAUAGUAAAAUGGCUAGCUACGCCUUUGUAGGGGUCACUUGGAGAGGAGCGACUAUUUGGAUCUUAUCAAAAUUAUCGGAAUUGAAGCAUUAUUUGCUUUUGGUUUGAAAAAAAAUAUGAAAAAGGGUCAAAAAAGGUUUUUUAUGCUGCUUUUAAAGCUAAAAACUUGAAAUUUUUCCAAAAAAGGCUAAAAAACAAAAGGUUUUUUUUUAUUAAUUGAAGCUUUUUUUUUCGAUUUCUGAUCAGAAAAUCGAACAUUGAAGCUAAUUUGAGGUGAUGAAAAUGGAUGGUAACCGAAUUUCGUUGUCGAUGAAAGAGGUCGAUCAACAGACCGGCGAGGACCUCAAUCCGAAGGAGAGCGACUUGGCGCCGGACGCCAUCGGCGUCGCCCCCAGGAAUCCCGAAGCGCCCUGGGCCAACCCGGAGUCUUCAACUGUGGCCCCCUCGACGAGGUUUGGGUUGCUAGGGACAGGAAAGCCUCGAUUUUUCGUUAGAUUUAGUUAGAAAAAGGCGUAUUUUUCGAUUAGAGGAACCGAAAAAUCACAAUUUUUCGUUAGAUUGUUAGAAAAAGCAUAUUUUUGAUCAGAAAAACCGAAAAUGGUCAUGUUCAAGGUAAUAGAAAAAUGAUGACUUUGGCUUUCCCAUCAAGCUCCAACGUUUUCGGAAGCCUUCUGACUUAAAUUUGACAGAUUUUGAGGGAAAAAUUGCGGGUAUUUAAAAAAAAUAUGAUUUUGGUAAGGUAAAAAGUGGAAUAAGUUGGUAAAUUCAAUGCAAUUUGUGACUUAAUAAUGAUCAUUUUUCGAAAACCAGCCGAAGAAUUUGGAUUUUCGGGAGUUUAUCCAUAAAGCGCGCAUGUGCCUUCGAAAUUGGCCCAUUUUUAGUGAAAAGGAAAAUUUUGAUAACUCUGAUGAAAAGCUAGCCGUGAAUAGGAUAUUAAGUUUAAGGAAGGUAGCUUUGAGAAAAUUGAAAAAAAAAAUUGGAAAAAAAUCGCUGAGUUUUUAAAAUUUUGUAUAGAACUCUUAUACUUUUCAAACAAGUUUUGCAUUUUUAGUGAUCUCCUUGCCAAACUUAGGUAGAUUUGAAGAUUUGCACAGAUUUCAUAAGGUUUUUUUUGAAGUUUCGACAUGGAUUAUAUAUUUUUUGCAUUUUGAAAGAACUGUUAUCAAAAAAAAAAAACGGUUUACUUGACUUUUUUCAGAUUUAAAUCUUGAUUUAUCAUUUUUCUCGAUAGUUUCACGCGAAAAACCGGUAUGGUCAGUUAAAAAACAAUCCAGAAAAUGCCAUUUUUUUAAAAUAGAUGACAAAGAUCAUUGAGUUAGGGCUGAAAAACAUUUUUUAACAGCAUUUUUCUGAAAAAAAUCCAAAAACUCCCGCUUUUUAGUUCUGGAAAGACCCGAGUACGAAUUUCAACGCCGGAACGUUGGGAAUUGCGACAAAUGCAAGGCGCCGGAGUCAUUACAGCCACUGAAAUGCCGGAUUUCGACGACGAAAUGGGCGUCUUGAAGAACUUUGACGGUACCUAGACACCUGAAUUGGUUGGAAAUCCUGAAAAAUGAAAUUUUAGAAGAAAGCGACGGUGAAGACGUCGAAAUCGAGCUGGUGGAAGAUGCGGCCGACUUUUUGAGGGGCUACGAAAAAGGAAAUCAGGAAAUUGAACCCGUCAAAGUGGUCAAGAAUCCGGACGGAAGCUUGGCCCAAGCCGCCCUGAUGCAGGUAAAUUCCAGGGGGUUUUUUAGUUGAGAUUAACGUUUCAGGGAUAUAUUUUUAAAUUUGAGAUAAUAAAAAAUACACUUUUUCUAUUGGUGUGAUACUCUAUUUCGACUUUUUUACUGGAAAAAAAUUUUUUAUUUUCAAUUUUCUUCGAUUUUUUUAAAAUCGAAUUUAUGAAGAUUCCUACUUUCUAAAGGCUUGAGAAUUUGAAAAAUAAGUGUAAAAUCAAGUUUCAUCGAGAAAAUGUGUCAAAAAUAGAAAAACUAGUUUUUCGACGGCAUUUUUUGAAAGUUUGUCCUUUUUUUGCAAGUAUCUAUACUUAUUUUGAAAAGAAAACGUUUGAAAAAUAAAAAAAAAAGUCAAAAAUACGAAAGUUUCCGCAGAGCGAACUUGUGUCGUGGCUUAGUUUUCCAAAUUGACCUGGUUUUUUUUGAGAUUACUACUUUUAGGCCUCCAAAUUUUCAAGAAAUAGUGAAGUUUUAUCGAGAACAUGUUUAAAAAAAUAAAAAAUGAUAGUUGAUAAGAUUUUUUUUCAGCGCUUUUUGAAAAUUUUGUCUCUUUUUGCAAUUUUUAUGCGAGCUUUUUUUGAAAAAAAAAUAAUGAAUUUUGAGGUGUCCCAUGGAGCAAACUUGCGGCGUGGCCUAGUUUUCCAAACUGACCGAUUUUCUUGAGAUUACUACUUUUAGGCCUUCAACUUUUCAAGAAAUAUUGUUAAAUUCCAGUUUUAUUGGGAAAAUGUGUUAAAAAUUAGGUUUUUCAUGUUUUCGAAGAAAUGAUAUUUAAGUAGAUUUUUAAACGAUUUCGAAAAAUUUUUAUUCCCAUUGAAACGUAAAAUUCCAUUUUUCGUCACCUUUUUUUGGAUCAUUAUCAUCAAAUUUCAACUAUAAAAAAAUCAAAUAACUUUCAAGUCAAGAAGAUUUUUCUGAAAUCCUCCGAGCUUCAUGAAGAGAUGAAAAAAAGGUCUCAAUUUAACUUUAACAUUCAUUAAUUACCCCAUACGAAUGCCCAGACUGCACUAAUUUCUCACUAUUUUUUUCUAAAAUUCUCAAAAAAAUCCUAUAAAUUCCUUUUUUUAAAAAUAAUUUCUCCGAACAUAAAUCAUAAAUACACGAAUAUUUCUGUUACAGUGGCCUUGUGUUUAAAUAAAGACAUUUUUCAUGAAUGAAUAAUUUUUUCCUCAGAGCGCCCUGUCGAAAGAGCGGAAAGACCAGAAAGUGCAGGCCCAGCGUGAAAGGGACGCCGAAAAUGAACGCGGAUUCUCGAGCAACACCCGGAUUCACGACCCGAUGGCGGCCGGACAGGCCAACACCUGGACCAUCGACGAGAAAACCGAAAGGAGGAGGGAUAAGGUAUCGAAAAUCACUUCGAAAUGGUCUGAAAAUGGAUAAAAUUCAAUUUUUUGGACGGUUUUUCUAGAACACUUCUGAACGCUUAAGUGAUCACUAGAGAGGUUAGAAAAAAGGCCGCAUAGUGGUCCUUAGAGGGCUUGAACAUAGAUAGUCCCUAAAGCAGUUUAGAGUCUGACCCCUAAGCUUUUAAAGCUCUAGUGGCCCCUUCAGGGGUCUUUCAAUUUUCUGUUCUCGUUUGAAACAUACAAGACAUAGAUAGACCAACAGAAUGUCCCCAAGAGUGGUCACUAGCUGAAAUCCCUAAAGGGGUCAUUUUCCGCAACCUUCAGUGCUCCCUAGAGGGGUUAGGGAAAAAAAAACAGCUCUUAAAGAAAGCAAAUUAGGGCACCCUAGAGGGCUGAAACAUAAGUGGUCCCUAUAGAAGUUUAGAGUCUGACCCAUAAGCCCUUAAAGCUGAAGUGGUCACUAUAGGGAUUUUCUGUUUUGAUUUGAAAAAGAAAAUGAAGUCUCCGACCAAAAGCAUGCCCCCUAGAGUGGUCACUAGCUGGAAUCCCUAUAGAGGUCACUUUCCGCAACCUUUAGUGCUCCCUAGGGUCUGUAAAGAGCCCCACCAGUAUUUUUCCCCUCAAGUGGCCACCAGCUGAAAUCCCUAUAGCAGCCACUUUUGCAAAGUUUGGUGACUUGUGAGUGAAAGAAGUUGAAACGCAUUGGAGACCGAAUUUUGUUUUUGAAAGUCCGAAAAUUGGGAUUUCUGAGCUCGAUCUUUCUUAUCAAUUCCAGAAUGGUCCCUAGAGUGAUUAGGGAGAAAAACAGCUCCUAUAAGGGGCCCCUAUAGGAAUUAGGGAAAAACGAGGCCACUCUAGGGGUCACUAACUGAAAUUCCUAUAAAGAGCACUUUUGCAAGCUUUAGCAUAAUGGAAGGUAAAGUGGUCCCUAGAGGGGAGUCUUCAUGGGCUUCUAAGGUUACCCCUAUAGGGACCCCUCUUGCAAGCUUUAGUAGCCCCUAUAAAGGAAGGUAAAGUGGUCCCUAGAGGGAAGUCUUCAUGGGCUCCUAAGGUUACCCCUAUAGGGACCACUCUGCAGAUUAUGUUGCUUUCUAGGUUUUCAGCAGAAUUCAAAGAACCGUUCAGGAAAUGCCGGAAUGGCUUCGACACGUCACCGCGGGCGGAAAGGCGACUUACGGCCGCAGGACCAAUCUGAGCAUGAUCGAACAGAGGGAGAGCCUCCCCAUCUUCGCCCUCAAGAAACAGCUCAUUCAGGUUGAAACUGGAAGUUUCAGCUCCAAGAAAAAAGGAGAGAUUCAGGCGAUGCUCGACAAUCAGAUCCUGGUCGUCGUCGGAGAAACCGGAUCCGGUAAAACGACCCAAAUGACGCAAUAUGCCGUCGAAGCGGGCCUCCUGAGAAGAGGAAAGAUCGGCUGCACGCAGCCGAGGUGAGGAAAAAAAAAAAGGAAUUUUCUGAUUUUUAGAAGAAAAUGAAAGGUUCGAAAUGAGUUGGAAAAAAUAUUUUGGAAGAAAAAGGGCUCCGAAAGGUUCUAGAUUCUCAUUUUCCUCAAAAAGCUCCUUUCUGCGGGAGAAAAACGGGCAGUGCGCGGGUGUAGAUUUAAACGCCCGUAUUCUUACCGAUUUUUCCCCGUCGGCUUUCUGGGACUCCCGAGGGUCCCGUUUUCUUACCGAUUACCUCCCGUCGGCUUUCCGCGGGCUCCCGUUUACUUCCCGAUAUCCUACCGAUUUCGUCCCUUCGGCUCUCCGCGGGCACUGCGAGUUCCCGUUUUCUCCCAGUUUAGCGCCCAUAUUUUUCCCGUAAACUCACCGGUUUCGCCCACUUCUCGUUUUUUUUCCCGUCGGCUCUCCGCGGACUCCCGUUCUCUUACCGAUGCCCUACCGAUUUUGUCCCGUUGGUUUUCCGCGGACACUGCGAGUUCCCGUUUUCUCCCAGUUUAGCGCCCAUAUUUUUCUCGUAAACUCACCGGUUUCGCCCAUUUCCCGUUUACUUCCCGUCGGGCCUCAGUGGACUCCCGAAGGUCUCGUUUUUUCUCCGAUAUCCUACUGAGGUCUUCCCGUCGGCUUUUCGCGGGCUCCCGUGUUCUCACCGAUUUGUCCUCGUCGGCUUUCUGGGACUCCCGAAGGUCCCGUUUUCUUACCGGUACCCUACCGAUUUCGUCCCGUCGGCUCUCCGCAGGCACUGCGAGUUCCCGUUUUCGCCCAGUUUAGCGCCCAUCUUUCUCCCGUAAACUCACCGGUUUUGCCCACUUACCGUUUACUUCCCGUCGGCUCGCCGCGGGCUCUUGUUCUCUCACCGAUGCCCUACCGAUACCCUACCGGUUUCGUCCCGUCGGUUCUCCGCGGACUCCCGAAGUUCCCGUUUAUUGCCCGUCUUCUUCCCGUACACUUACCGGUUUCAGAAUGUCGUAGAUCUUUUUUAAUUAUUCAGAAAGGCUAAUAUAUGAAGCCAUUAUAGUUCACCAUCUAAUAAUAACUUUCAAAAAAAAGUUUUUUUUUUCCAAUUUCGGUUUCAGUCGGGAAAUAUUAACGCAUAAGUGCUUCUUUUUUGAUUCCUCGUCACGAUCAGAAAGAGUAAUUCUUGAAUUUUUGAAAAAAAAAAUCGGAAGAUUUUCAGACGUGUGGCUGCAAUGUCGGUGGCGAAACGUGUCGCCGAAGAAUAUGGCUGCAAACUCGGAGCUGACGUCGGAUACACGAUCCGUUUCGAGGAUUGUACCAGGUUUGAAUGAUCCGGAGCAAAAAAAGUUUGAAUAAAAAAAUUUAAAAAAAGCUUUUUUUAAGAAAUUAUUAGUACUAUUGGGACCUCUGUGGCGCUUUUUUUCAUUUUCUUUUUUUGUUUGAGAGGUUUUUUUGAGAGGCGAAAAAAAUUUUUGAGCUAAAAUUUAUUCAAAAUGGAUAGAAGGGGAUUUCCUUUUUGAGGUUAAAUCUUGAGAAAAUAAGCUUUAGAAACAACUUUUUAAAAAGGAAAUAACGAAGUAUCUUCUUUUUGAAGUUGUUUGAAGGUCAUUAGACGCCAAAAACCCAGAAAAAAUAACACAAAACUAGGAAAACUUAUGAUUUUCAGUCAGAGGAGAUUAAAAGGCGAUAAAUAAAGCGUUUUCUGAGAAAGAAAAGUGAAUAAAAAGCUGAAAAGCUUUAAACUAAAUUUUUUUUGAAACCUGAAAGUCUCUUUUUUGAAGGGUUUGAAAGGUCUUCAGACGGCAGAAACUUGAGAAAUAUAUGAUUUUCAGUGAGAAAGAUAGAAAAUACGGUAGAGAUUACUUUUUCUGCGAAAAGGCUCAAGAAAGAAGUUCAAAAAAAUUUUAAGAAUAGCUCAAAAUUUUCCUUUUGGAAGUUUUUCCGAGGCUUUUAGACUUCAAAAACAGGAAUAGAGAGAAUUGAAAAUUUCCUUUUUCAUUUUUAAGAGCCUUCCGACUUUAGGAACUUGAAAAAUAUACGAUUUUUCAGUCAGGAGACAUCAAAAAAAUUAUAAAAAAAGGAGUACUUUUUCUGCGCGAAAGGCUUGAGAAUCGAGUUCAGAAAGCGUUUCGGAAAAAAAAUGGCUCCAAUAUUCAUUUUUGAAGAUUUUUUUCUGAAGCCUUUUUUUACUACAAUAACAUGAAAAAAACUGGAUAUUUCAUUUUUUUGAAGGAUUUGUAAAAAGUAUUCUUGAAAAAAAUGUAUCAUUUUCAGUCAGGAGACGAUCAUCAAGUACAUGACGGACGGAAUGUUGCUCCGUGAGAGUUUGAUCGAUCCGGAAUUGUCCAGCUACUCGCUGAUUAUGCUCGACGAGGCCCACGAGAGGACCAUCAACACCGACGUCCUCUUCGGUCUUCUGAAGGCGGCCGCCCGGAAACGGCCCGAUCUGAAGUUGAUCAUCACUAGGUUGGAAGAAGGGAUGGAGAAAAGAAAAAUUGAGAAAAAAUAAGCUGGAAAUGGCCGAAUUCGGCCGGUUUUCUACUGUUUGAAACGAAUUACAAGACUUUUCUCGACAAAAAAGUGUUCCUUCAUAUUUUUGAUUAUUGAAAAUCAGAAUGAAAUCAAUUUUUUCUUCUUCGAAAAGUACUGUAGGGGGAAAAUCUGCAUUUUCGCGUGAUGCAGAUUCUGAGAUGAAAUUUGAUGAUCAAAGCAGGGUAAAAUACGUUUCCAUAGUGUAUCAUAGUAAGAAAAAAUAAGCUGUAGCUGAUUUGUGGCAGGGUCGAACAUAAAAAAAGGGUCCUAACACGAAAAAAAGACAGUAUCUUGUUAGAGGAGAGCGCAGACAGGCCACCCCCCUUCAAAGAGAAAAAUGAACAUUUUUAACGUUUUUUUUUUCGCGAUUUUUGAAUAUUAUUGAAGCUAUUUGGGGAAAUUUUUAGUGACCACUUUAGGGUUUUGACGUUUCACUAUUGUGGUCGAAUAAGGGACCACUUAAGUGGCUAGAAUUAGGGGCCUCUUUAAAGGUCGCAGCUGCUGCUACUGGAUCACAAGCUUAACACUGACAAAAAGACCAAAAAAGACUGUUUUUCAUAAAUUUCGAGAUUUCCUCUUCUUGACUUACUGCGAAAAUGUUUAGUGACCACUUGAUGGUUUUUAAGUUUAAGUGACCACUUUAGUGGCUUCUUCAGAAGUCGAAGUGGUAGUAAUAUGCCACUAAAAUUGCUACUGGGAAAAUUUUUAGUGGCCACUAUAGGACUACUUGGAGAGGACACUAAAGUGGCCACUAUUCUCCGUUUUAGUGGCCACUACAGUGGCUCUCUAUUUAGUGGCCACUUCAGUAGUUUUUCAUUCAGCAUUCCUUCCAGUAACUCUGAUAAUUUUGAAACAAACAGUUUGGACCAGUUAUGAUGAUCCAUUAACCCCUAAAGUGGCCACUAAAAUUUUUAGUUGUCAGGUAGUAGCACUUAGACCUCUAUAGUGGCCACUAAUUUAAAACCCCUUGAGCGGCCACUAAUUUUACUACUAUGGUGGCCACUAAAACGUCAAAACUCUAUAGUGGCCACUGAAAAUUUUUCCAGAACAAUGGACACAAAGUAGCGUCUUCUAUAUAGGUGGUUUCAAUGGCCACUUUAGUGCCCUCUCCAAGUAGUCCUUGAGAAAUCACUUAAGUGACCACUAAAGAAAAUUUUCAACCAUAAAAAAAAUUGAGUUUUCCAGUGCGACCUUGGACGCGGUCAAGUUCUCCGAAUACUUCCUCGAGGCGCCCAUCUUCACGAUUCCCGGAAGGACCUUCCCCGUCGAGAUUCUCUACACCCGCGAGCCGGAGUCGGACUACCUGGACGCGGCUCACAUCGCCGUCAUGCAGAUCCAUCUCACCGAACCGCCCGGCGACGUGCUCGUCUUCCUCACCGGCCAGGAGGAGAUCGACACCUCCUGCGAAGUUCUCUAUGAGAGGAUGAAGUCCCUCGGGCCGGAUGUCCCGGAACUCAUCAUCCUGCCCGUCUAUGGUGCCCUGCCCAGCGAGAUGCAGACCCGGAUCUUCGAACCGGCCCCGCCCGGCAAGAGAAAGGUCCAGUUUGAGGCCUUACAUAUUGAUUUUUUACAGAAAAACCUGGGUGGAAGAAUCUUUUAUUGACUUAUGAACGCCAGAGUGGUCACUAGGGAUUAGGGAAAAAAAAGUCAGGGGACGAAAUAGUGCCCCCUAUAGGGUUGAAGUUUAGGUAGUCCCAAUAAGGAUCGGACUCUAGGCCUCUAAAGCUCAAGGGGUCCCUAUAGUGGUUUUUCAGGGUCUUGUUCUGACUAGAAAGGUGGAAGAGGCAUAGGGAGUCCCCUAGAGUAGCCAUCAACUAAAAUCCCUAGAGUGUCCACUUUCGCAAGCUUUACUGCCCCUAUAGGAGAAAGUAAAGUGGUCACUUAAGGGGAGUAUACGAGAGCCACUCUAGUGACCACUCUGUCGUUCUCAAGUGGUUUUUCAUGAGAUUUGGUCCAAUUUGGAAUGGCUGAACGCGCUGCAGUUCAAAUUUUAAACUUCAAUAGCAAAAUUUCGACUCAUUUUUUUUUUUCUAUUUCGCGGAAACCGUUUCAGGUCGGGGGCAUUUUUAAAUUCAUCGCUCUGACGUCAUUGUACGUUGAGCCAUUCCAAGUGCGACCUUAGAUUUUUAAGUUUUGUGAAGAGUUGUGAUUUAUUUAGUUUUACCGUCUUUCAGUUGAAAAAAUAUAAUUUUCCUUUCAAAAAAGUUUUUAGACGAUAAUUUGAAAGUGAAACUUGAUUUUGUUCCCUAUAGGGACCCCUACGACAGCUUUAGGAAUCCCUACAGGGGUACCUCAUAGGGCUUCAAUUGCCACCCUAUAGGGGCCCCUCCAAAGUUUUCAGCUGCUGAAAAAGAUUUCUUUUGAAAUAUACCUACUCAAAUUAGAUAAAAAAGCUUCGGUUUUCAAGGAAUUUUGUCAAAAGUUCAGUUCUAGGUGGUCAUCGCCACUAACAUUGCCGAAACCUCCCUGACAAUUGACGGAAUCUUCUACGUCGUCGACCCGGGUUUCGUCAAACAGAAGAUCUACAAUCCCAAGAGUGGAAUGGAUUCUUUGGUAUGGAAACAAGUCUAGAAGAGGAUUUCAUUCUGAUGAAAUAGGUCGUCACUCCGAUUAGUCAAGCGGCGGCGAAGCAAAGAGCUGGACGAGCCGGUCGUACAGGGCCCGGAAAAUGCUACCGGCUCUACACGGAGAGGGCUUAUCGGUUGGUUUAGGAGUUUCCGAAAAUCUGAUUUUAACUUCAUAACUUAAGUUUAAUAAAAGACGCUUUCAGCUUCAUUUUUCGAGUUUUUUUAAACACUAAACGUAACUUCUUAGAGUGCGAGAUAAAAGCGAUAUCGCGCCGGUCUCGCGUUUUUCUUGCCGCGAUAUCGCAAUCAAAAAAAUAAAAAUUCUCAAAAUGCUUGUCGCGCUAAGAAUAAUGCAGCAGUAGAAAAGCGAUGUCGCCAAUGUACCGCAAAAAUGAAAAGAAAGCGAUGUCGCCAAUGUACCGCAAAAUGAAAAGAAAGCGAUGUCGCCAAUGUAUCUGAGAAGCGAUGUCGCUAAUGUAUCGCAAAAUUUGGAAAGAAAGCGAUGUCGCCAAUCUAUCGCAAAAGUGAAAAGAAAGCGAUGUCGCCAAUGUAUCGCAAAAGUGAAAAGAAAGCGAUGUCGUCUAUGUACAUGAAAAGUGAUGUCGCCAAUGUACCGCAAAAGACCUCACGCUUAUUUCGGUUUAGUGAAGCGAAAGAAAAAAUUCAUAUCUAACAAAAAUUAGGAGCUUGCGCCAACUCUAUAGAAGCUAUAGAAGCCACUACUUUGCGCCUUAGUGGCCAUUAUAGUGGUUUGAGUAGUUUAGUAGUACCUUUGAGGCUACUAAAGUGCCCACUCAAUGAGCAACUAAUUCCACUACUAUAGUGGCCACUAAAACGCUAAAACCCUAUAGUGGCCACUGAAAAGUCCCCCAGAAUUUUAUACCUAGUUCUUCACAGAGAUGAGAUGCUGCCGACGCCAGUUCCCGAGAUCCAACGGACGAAUCUGGCCUCGACGCUGCUGCAGCUCAAGGCGAUGGGCAUCAACAACCUCAUCGACUUCGACUUCAUGGACGCCCCGCCGUUGGACUCGAUGAUCACGGCUCUCAACCAGCUGUACACCUUGUCCGCCUUGGACAACGACGGGCUCUUGACCAAGCUGGGCCGGAGGGUCAGUUGAAUCCAAAAAAAUCGUCGGAACGGGGGAAAAUCGGGUCAAAAAAAGGUGUUUUUUAAAUUUCGCGAUGCUAGCUUUGGUGUCGAGAACGAGCUUUCACAGGGAAUUUUUUUGAAAAUGUGGAAAAUUGCUUCUCAGGGUUAGCCAUAGAGCGCAUUUGCUGAAAUCUUCUUUUUUUUCAACACACCAGGGAACGUUCCCCCCGCUUGAACUUUUGCUGAGACUUCGCUGAAGUGUACUUUAGGACCCCCUGAUUGCAGAUCAAGAAAGAAAUUUCUCGCAAUAGAUCUUGUUUCCGAGUUAUGGAGCUUCAAAAUGUACAAAAUACGCAAAUUAGGCCAAAAAAAGCGCGAUUUCGGGUUUUUAAAGUGUCCUAACUCGAAAACGAGAUUUAUUGCGAGAAAUUUUAUUUUUGUUCUUCUGGAAUCAGGGGGUCCUAAAGUACACUUCAGCAAGGUUUCAGCAAAAAGUUCAACGGGGGUGGGUACAAACGUUCCCUAGUUAACCGAAUAAAUGAACUUUUAAGAUGGCCGAAUUUCCGCUUGACCCAUCAUUGGCCAAACUAUUGAUCAUGUCUGUGGAACUUGGAUGUUCCGAGGAAGUUCUGACCGUCGUCGCCAUGCUCAACGUCCAAAAUGUCUUCUACAGGCCGAAGGUAAGUGUGCUCCAUGGAAAAAGGAGAAAAGAAAGAUUAACAGAGAGGAUGAGGAAAAAAAUGAAAUCCCCUUAUUUAAAAACACGGGCCAAGUAUAAGGGACCUCUUGAGGCCUUUGAAAUAAUAACGGGACUCCUUUUAAUUGCGCAAAAAUUUUUUCAAGCUUCUCGGACCUUGGUAACGCGAACGGGACGCGAAUCGGACUACUUUAAUGACUACUUUAGUAGCCUCAGCGCUCUUAUCGUGAUCCCUAGAACUGCCUAGAAACGUCCGGAGCCCGUCCGUUUCGCGUUACCAAUGUCCGAGUUUUUUUUUUCAAGAGAAGAACCUUUUUCUUCCUCUUUAUCUGAAAAUUAUUAUUUUAAGGGCUUUUUUCCGAUGAAAAUGCGUCACAUUUCAUUUCUUAUGUUUCCAGGAGAAACAAGAGCUGGCUGACCAGAAAAAGGCGAAAUUCCACCAACCCGAAGGAGAUCAUCUCACCUUGUUGGCCGUCUACAAUUCCUGGAAACAUCAUCAUUUUUCGCAACCCUGGUGUUUCGAGAACUUUGUCCAGAUCCGCAGCAUGAAACGGUCGCAGGUAGGGUUUCAUAGUUACGAAAAUCAAUACAGAAAAUCAAUAAAUCGAUAAUGCUUCAAAAAUUCCAUAAUUAUGAUUUGAAAAAUCUCUAGUGGCCCCUUAAGGCGCUCCUCAAGGACCCCUCGAAAAGGAUACUUGAAAAAAAAAUUUACUUCGGAGCAGCCCUGGACCCUAAAGUGGCCACUAAAGAUUUUCCCAGAUCAUGAGAUUUUUUUUUAAUUUUCAGUGAUAGGAUCUGCAAAUUUGGCCCAUUUUUUUUUUAGGAUUCAGCUGUGAAAAUUAAAAAAAAACCCCUAUGAGGACCACUCAAGCUUUAGGAGCUUAUAGACCAGGCUCGAAUCCCCUAUAGGGACCACUCUAGCGCUCCUAAAUAUAACUCUUUCUCAGGAUAUUCGAAAACAACUGCUGGGAAUCAUGGACCGCCACAAGUUGGACAUGAUCAGCUGCGGAAGAGAUGUCGCCAGGGUUCAAAAGGCCAUUUGCUCCGGAUUUUUCAGAAACGCCGCCAAACGGGAUCCUCAGGUUCGUUUUUGGAGAUAUUGGGGGUCAGAAUUGGAAAAAAAAAUUGGGAAAGAGAGAAUAUUAACUGAAUAUAAUUUAUAUAUGAGUUCAGAACGAAAAAUAAUAAUGAGAAAUAAAAAAAGCGGAGGUAGUAUAUCAAAAGUGUCACUUCGAAGAAGAUGUCCUGAUUUUUACCUCUUGCAGAUUUUUAUUGUUAAUUUCCUCAAUUUUAGGAAGGUUAUCGUACGUUGGUUGACGGUCAGAAUGUCUACAUUCAUCCGUCCUCGGCACUCUUCCAAAAUCAACCCGAAUGGGUCGUCUACCACGAACUUGUCAUGACUACCAAGGAAUAUAUGAGAGAGGUGAGAAAAGAUGAGAAUAGGUCUUUUCAAGAGAAAUCCGGGAACAAAAUUAUAUUGUGAAUUUUCGUAGAAAGAAGUUAUUUUUAAGGUUUCUAAAGGCUUCAUUCUGAUCUUUUUCAUGCGGAAGGGACUAUUAAAAAAAUUUUGGAAGUAUAAUUUUUAUCUUUUUAUUAUCUGGCAGAGACUCUGAUUGCGGAAAGCUUUAGUGGCCAGGAUUACUCGGAGAAGACACUAAAGUGAUCACUGAAAUCACCUCUGUAGAAGCCAUGAUUUUUGUGUCUUAGUGGCCACUCUAGUAGUUUUUAAUGGUCUAGUAGUAGCUCUCAGACUGCUAAAGAUGCCACUAAAUGUUUACUACUAUAGUCGCCACUAAAACGUCGAAAUUCUGAAGUGCCGUCAUGUUUGAAAGAAGUAUUAACAUUUUUUUUAAUACUGGAAUUUUGAAAUAACGUAAUUCUUGGAUGUCAGGUCACGGCGAUCGACCCGAAAUGGCUGGUCGAAUUCGCGCCGUCGUUCUUCAAGCUCGGCGACGCGACCAAACUCUCCACCUUCAAAAGAAACCAGAAAAUCGACCCGCUCUUCGACAAAUACGCCGAUCCCAACGCCUGGCGUAUCACCCGCGUCAAGAAGAAGAUCUACAACCCCAAUCGUUGA